GUCUGGCGUCCCUGGAUACAGCAGCGCGGUCAGCGUAAACAAGCGAAGAACUCCUUCAAACAGAGAGAAGUUCGACGUGUGAGACUCUAAUUUACUGUAAUAUAUAUAUCCAGGCAUGAUUUAUUGGAGAUAGUAGGUCAGCACACGCUGUAAGUGCGUGUAAAUGUGCUGUUGUGGCUGUUAUGGAGGUUUCUGCGGGUGAUGUGUGUCGUUCCGUGGAGCUCAUCACAGCACGAGCGGAUCCAGAGGCUUCUCUUGAGGAGAGCUGCGGCGCGGAGAAGCUGCUCACUGAUCAAGUGUCUGUGGACCGGAUGGACAUCACAAAGGGUUUUCUGGCUGAUAUUUCUCGCCCGGCCUCCAGUGAGAUCAGAAGACCGGGUCGAGAUGGUGGCAGAUCUCUGGAGGUGCUCAGUCCUGACGUCACACACUCAGAGCAGGUUCACAGGUUCAGCGCACAUGAGAGGACUGAUCUAACCGCAGAAAACAGCUCGGAUCAAGAAGAGUCCGAUGAAGAAAAUGAAGAUCCGGAGUUGAGAGAAGCCAUAAAGAAAAUGAAGAGACUGGACCGGGUUCUGGCUCUCAAGGCGUCAGCGGAGAGAGAGGUGAAGCAGAGAGGAAAGCAGCAGCAUCAGAGACUCUGGCAGGAGCUUCAGACCGCGAGUCUCAGCAUGAGCAGCAACGAGAUGGAGAACACCAGACGCUUUCUGGCACUGACACCCAACAACUUGCUGUUCCAAACUUGUAUGACUUUCUUUCUUCUGAGGAAUGAGGUUUAUCAUGUGUGUGUGUGUGUGUGUGUGUGUGUGUGUGUGUGUGAUGCAGGUCACGCUGAAGCGGGUCAGCAGGUGAUGGAGGAUCAGCCGUCAGACAGCAGACAGCGAGGAGCUGCUCGCAGCAAGCGCAGACAAGACUUUGUCAAGAGAAAUAUUGAGCUCACAGAAGCGUCAGGAAACUCGUUUCUGCUCACGCAGCAGGAGAAAGAGAGAAUAGAGGAACUGCUGAAAGAUCUAGAGGAAGAAGAGAACUGCAGCGACCUGCUGACUGAACCGCAGGUGGUCUCGUCGACUCUAUCAGUUUGUGAAGGUUUCGGUCCUGAACCGUCUGAACUCCACAGUCUCCGUCACAUUGACUCCAGACUGCAGCUGCUACUUCCUGUGCAGGACUUCCUGUCUGUGCGGAGCCCGUCGCAGGGGAGUCUGCAGGAGAACACAGGAGACGGAGAGAGACAGAGACGAGACGAGGAGAGACGUCUGCGAGAAAUCCAGCAGCAGCUGCAGCUCCUGGAGGAGAACGAACCCGGCGGCUCGGUUCGUUUGUCUGACGAUGAGUUGAGGAAUCUGCUGCAGGAAUGUGAGGAGGACAUGAUCCGAUCUCCUGCAGGUUCCUCAUCAGAAUCAUCCCUCGGGACGAGCUCGGCUCUGGAUGCUUCUCCACGUCUCUCCGGCUCGGAUCUGCUACGGCACAGUGAGACUGACAAGAAAGAGGCAUGAAAUAUGAAGGAGUCUGUUCUUCUGUUUUCUAUUUCGCUCUGGUUCAUAAUCUAGGUCUUUGUGCUUUAGAGUUGCAUAAUAAGUGAGGACACGAAAGUGUGUUUGUCAUCCAGUCUCUGAUGUGUCUGCCAGCGUCAGCAUCACGGUCAGACUCCAGAACAUCUGAAAAAGAACGUAA